ACCAAUAUGGAUGUUAUUCCUUGCGUCUGAAGUAUAGCACCAUCACCUAAUUAGGUCACAGCAGAGUGAGUGUCCAAUGUCGCUCUGACCCAACUCCCUUGAUGAUGCAGUGUGUGUUUGGAGAUAAAUGAUAUAACAUUAAGCUCAAGGUGGUUGAGUUGCAGUAGGGAGGCGGAAGCAAGCCAAGGGAACAUCUCUCUCUGCAGGAGACUUGGCGAGUCCAUUUCCAAGGGUUCCACCUGGGGAGAGAAGACGUCAGGACUGUGUACUUGCUUUGUGGCGUUGAUGCGCUUGGCUCUGUGGAUCUUGUUGCUUGAACGAGAAUGACUUUCAAGAAUUUUACUUUGGGGAAAAAAAAAACAACAACAACUCGCUGGACAUUGUAGGGAAUAGCUGUGAGGCUCUUGGCUACUUAACCCUUUGAAGACAGUAUCCCAGAUACGUUAGUUUUGUAUCCUGUGGAUGAAUUGCAAAAGUGUAGCUCAGGGUUUACUUGUUGUCAUUAUUAUGAUGUUCCAUUGCAUGCAGGAACAUUGUGUUUAGUCGCCCUUGUAUUGUCAACACAGCUGAGCAGUAAGCCAGAAUGUAUGUCAAAUGAGUUUCCAAAACGAGAUUAGCUUUAAAAAAAGGGGAAUUUGGUUAUUUUUUUAUAAGAGUUAGUGCAAUAGAGGUGCUGUAGCACAGUUCUCUAAGUCAACAAAGGGUUAAUAGGCCGUAUGGACUCUUGACUCCCUGUGAAGGUGAGCAAAAUAACAGCUUUUCAGGGUUAGAGUGAUAUUAGACAGCUAAAAUGGGGCUGGCUUUUAUUUUAUUUUUUUUCCUUGUUAUGGGACCAUAGGAAAGGCUAUGAUUAGGAAGAGAUAGAAGGAAGAAUUAGCCCACUGUACCUCUUUUUUUUUUCUUGUUCAGCAACCUGUUUUUUUUUUUUUCACCUUGUAUCUGUUGCAGAAUCCGGACAGUAAAAUGAUGCAGAUUAACCUGACUGGGUUCCUGAAUGGAAAGAACGCACGGGAAUUCAUGAAGGAUCUGUGGCCCCUGCUUUUGAGUGCCCAAGAGAACAUUGCUGGCAUACCCUCUGCCUUCCUGGAGCAGAAGAAAGAGGAGAUAAAGCAGAGACAGAUUGAACAAGAAAAGCUGGCGUCUCUGAAGAAACAGGAUGAGGAAAAGGAGAAGAAGGAAAAGGAGGACAAGGAGAACAGAGAAAGGGACAGAUCCAAAAGCCCACGAAGGAGGAAAUCGCGGUCCGGCUCCCCCCGGCGGCGCUCCCCGGCGAAGCGCGACCGGAAGCGGAGCCACUCGCGGUCCCCCCGGCGCAGGACGAAGAGCCCCAGCAGCUCGCCGCUGCGGCUGCUCCGGAAGCCGGAGCCGCAGCUACCCGAGCCCGACCAGUCCGAGGCGGUGAAGAAGGACCUGCUUGUACAGGAAGCGUCAUCGACGAGUGACGUUGUAAAGGAUGUCAAGCCGGACUCCGUGGCGGAGACGAAGGAGGCCUCUCCCGAGAAGCCGUCGAAGAAGGAGGAGAAGCCGAAGCCGAAAGAAAAGGACAAGGACGGCCGGCGGGACAGGAACCGGCACCGGUCGCGCUCCCGCUCGAAAUCCCGGUCCCGCUCCCGGUCGCACUCCCGCUCCCGGAGGCGGCCCAGAUCCCGCUCCAGAUCCUACUCUCCACGGAGGAGGCCGAGCCCAAGGAGACGCCCCUCGCCUCGGAGGAGGAGCCCUCCCAGACGUCCCCCUCCACCUCCACGUCACAGGAGAAGCAGAUCCCCCGUCAGGAGGCGACGCUCUCCCUCCCCCUCGUCUUCCGGGAGCAGCUCGUCGUCCUCGUCGUCGCGCUCGCGGUCCCCGCAAAAGAAGGCCGUGAAGCGCGUCUCCACCACGCCGCCCCGCAAACCCCGCCGCGGUUCCCCGUCGGCCAGCCCGGCGAGGAGGAGGGUCAGGACGCCCCCGACGGCCAGCUCGCCUCCCAAGAGCCGCCGCUCCCCGUCGCCGCUGCAGUCGGGCCGGGCCAGGAAGGGUCGCGGAUCCCCCUCCCCUUCCAGAGCCUCAGCUGGAAAACGUAAACCUGGUACAAAGGUUGAAUCGCCAUCACCAGCCCCAAAGCCAAGAAGAUCAGAGCCUUCGGAAUCAGAAGAUGAUAAAGGUGGGAAGGGGGCUACAGCAGAUUCUGUGCAGCAGAGACGUCAGUAUCGCAGACAGAAUCAGCAGUCUUCAUCAGAGACGGGCUCCUCCUCUUCCUCUGAAGACGAAGGCCCCAAAAAGACGGGGGCGCGGAACGGGGAGAUCAAGAGGAGGCGCCCUCGCUCGGCCUCCCGCAGCGCCUCCCCGUCGCCCAGGAGGCGGCACAGGGAGGCGUCUCCGAGGAUGCCGCUUGGAAAGAGGUGGCAGUCACCAGUGGCUAAAAGGCGCAGGAGAAGCCCCUCUCCCCCAGGAAGACGCCACCGAUCUCCUUCCCCGCCGAGGCGCCGCAGAUCUCCAUCCCCUCCACCCAGGCGAAGGUCCCCGACUCCUCCACCUCGCAGACGCUCCCCCUCUCCCAGGCGGUACUCUCCCCCAAUUCAGCGCCGCUACUCUCCGUCUCCGCUCCCACCGAAGCGGAGAGGGUCCGCGUCGCCCCCUCCCCCCAAACGUCGCACGUCUCCUUCCCCGGCCCCCAAACGGAGGCCCUCCAGGUCGCCCCCUCCUAAGCGCAGGAGCUCCCCGCUGCCGAAGAGGCGCACCCCACCUGCCUCUCCCCCCCGACACAGGAGGAGCCCCCCUCCAGCGGGCCGGCCGAACCGAGACGCUCGCUCCCCUCCUGUCCACGGCAAGCGCCUGUCGCCCUCGCCUGCGGGCCGCGGCCGCGCGCUGCGGGGGUCUCCGAGCCCCCCCCCGCGCCGCGUCCCCUCCGGCUCCCCGCCUCCCCCGCCUGUGAGGCGGCAGCAGUCUCCCUCUCCGACUAACAGGCCCAUACGGAGGGUGUCUCGAACGCCAGAACCGAAGAAGACAAAGAAGGCAUCGCCAAGCCCCCUGCCUGUGAGGAGGAUGCCCACCAGAUCCGUGUCCCGGUCUCCAGAACCAGCUGCCAAAAAGCGCCCACUAGCUCCCUCUGCUUCCCCUUCUCCGUCUCGGUCAGCCAGCGGGUCCCCUCCCCCAGCGGUUAAAAAAGCCAAUAGCGCCUCACCAAGUCCAUCUCCUGCAAAGAACUCUGAUCAAGAAGCCAGUGGCAAGAAAAAGAAGAAGAAGAAGGACAAGAAACACAAGAAGGACAAAAAGCACAAGAAGCACAAGAAACACAAGAAGGAGAAGGCAGCCAUGGCGGCGGCUGCCGGCCCGGACGCUGCGGUCCCUGAAGCCCAUCCCGACUCGGAUCCCAAGAAGGAUUCAGACAGUGAAGCAGAAGACAACCUUGAUGACUUAGAGAAGCACCUGCGAGAGAAGGCCCUGCGGUCCAUGCGGAAGGCUCAGAUGUCCCCCUCAGAUUCUUGAAGAUGCGGAAUGCUCUGAAUGUCUCGGCAUAUUUGUUUUUUUAAUUUGGUCUUGUUCACAUGGUUGAGCUUUAGAACGUACAGUUUGUUGUUUAUUCCCCCUUAUCUACAGAGUUCUUUUUGUACAGAAAAUAGGAUGAGGUUUUCAUGUAAGAAAAGAGGCCAAAGGUUUACCUGGCACCCCCCCUCUGCUCCUGGUUUUGCUAAUCAAACGGAGACUCAAGCCUGUUAAUCCACGACCCUUCCUGAUCCUCCCCCCAUCCUGCUUCAAGAUGAAGGGCAUUGAAAAAUACAGGAGUUGUCCUGGAAUUGGCUUUAAGUGCGAAAAAUGACACAUUGCCCGCUUCCCAGUUAGAGGAACGAAUUUAAUUCUGCGUGUAUGCAGUACAGCAUUGAAAAUGACCUAAAACCCCUUUUUAUUUGCAUGGAUCAGACAAGGGACAACCCAGCCUUAGUUAAAAGGUGUCUUCUCUGUAAAACUCAUUUGAAAUAUUAAAUUGCACUCCUGUAAUGCUAUACAUUUCCAGUUAAGUGCUGCUUUUAUUUUUCCUUCAUUUAUUUUUUGGCUCCUUAAUUGUAGUGUUUUUUUAAAUUCCAUGUCAUGAUUGUGGAUUGCAUACUGGGGGGGAUGGCGUACGCAAAAUGCAUUGCCCGGAAACUAAAGGAAAAAACACUGGAUUUGCUUUUUAUGAUUGUUUUGCUAAAGGCUUUAGUCAAAGGAGAAUUUUACUUUGUAUACUGCCUCUGGUAAAAACCGAAUAGCUCAAUGAUGGAUGUUAGGCUUUAGCUGAUGUGGUUGUUCCAACAUCCACAAUUAUUUUCAAACCUUUUGCCUGUGGGAGUUCAUUGGAUCUGUAUUUAAAUAUACUGCUCUUGUCAUCCUUUUGAAAUUAGUUUUUUUAUAUCAACAUUGUGGUGUGAAUGGAUUUUUUUUAAAGUUGUCAAUGGACUGGUGAAAGUCUCUUGAGGAUAAUACACAAGUAUGAUUGAUUCUUCAAGCUUGAAACAACCUUUCACUGUGAAGUCAUUAAAAUGUUUUGUCAUAGAACCUUGAAGAACCUAAUUCCUUUUUUGUAUAUCGUAAAUUUUAAUGGAUAUGGGAGUUCAUAUAAACAUUCAUGGCUAACUUCUACAUGCAAUAAUUGGAGAAUAGUUUUUCAUGCAUUUUACAUCCCUGAUUUUUUUUUUUGAAUUGGAAUCUUGCGGUCUUGAUUAACAAUGCAAUUCUAAGAAAUUGGCUACAUGUGUGGAUUGUUUAUAAAAUCUCUCCCAACAGAGGGCGCAUUUUCACAUUUGCAUAUAAUAUACGAUAAACAGGUAUAAUAAAUGGUUAUCCCCAGUGAGAGAGUAGUCAAGUUUACUUUAUCUUUUUUCAUUAAAUUUUUUUUAUAGCAAAUAUUUGCAGUAAAAUGGAUUCAGACAUUUUGAGUUUCUCUAAUUCUGGGGACAGGGAUUUCUUGAGCUCUGCAGUUUAACAGGAAUACGGUUUUGUAAUAGUGUAUGUACCGGGAGCAGGAUAAGUAAGCAGGUGGAUUAAAAGUGACCAGUGUCGAUUUUUAAAAAAAUACAUUGUUAUAAAUAAGAUCUCUUGAUAUUUUUGGUAAAUGGGCCGCACUGUUCGAGGUCAAUAAAUGUUUUCGGUGAAAAGUUUUGAUUUUGAUCUUUUGCAUACACCUAUAUAGCACUUAUAUAUGAUAAAUUAAAUGGAAUUGCUAUGUGGAUUCCCCGAAUGAAUUACAUAUUUAGUAUUAUAGGGAUGUUGAUUUUUGACCCCGUUUUACAGUGGCAUAUACCUAAAGCUUUCCUUCAUGCAUGAGACAGCAGUAGUUAUGACCAUCAUAUUCAGGAAUGUCAUCGGUUUUUAGGACUUCUAACGUGACUUUUCUGUGCCUCUGAAUGAAUAGUGCAUUGUUGCAUAUUUAUGUUUGACCAGAGCAAGCCUGAGUUUUUGCUGUUGAAAAACAUCCUGAAGGUAAACAUUUUAAAGCUACAAUGUGAAUCCUAAACACCCAGAGUAUUUGUAUUUAAGUGUUAAAAGGAUGAUUAUUAAAUAGCAGUAUGUUUAUUCCUUGAUUUACAAAUCCUCUUGGAUUUAGUGUUCAAUUUUCAGGUCUUCAAAGCACCCUGUUCCUGUUCCUUUUCCAUGUUUAUGCCUGUGAACACAUGCUGUAUUGCUAAAAACCUUAAAUCUUGCAUGGCUUCUGGUUUAUAAUACACAAGGGUGGAAAUGAAUCCUAGUUAAGUUUACCUAUUAAAAACAGGAAAAACGUAAUCUCUUGGUGGAGAUGCAAAAAGCAUAAUUUGUCAAAUUUAGAUUUCCACAUCGAAAGGAACUAGAGCUACAUAUGAUGUAACUGAAAUGGCUUUAACAGUUUUUUUUUUUAAUUUUAGCAGAAUGGAAAAAGUGGAUCUUUAGGGCCAUUGUGACACGAUGUAUUUUUAUAUGAUGUUGGUCAGCAUGUUGAAAAUGAACCUUUCCUAACAAUUACCAACUUUUCAAAUGUACAGUGUUUGUUGAAAGUUCAGGAAGAAUAAACCUUGAUGUUACAAAA